AGUGCUGCUUACACCAUCUGCUGAAGCUCCUGUGAUGGAGCCGGUGGAGGAGCGGGUUCUGAUCUCAGAACUGAAGAGGCAGCUAGAGAACGAAGCCCUGAACCCAGAACAGAAGAUUAGCCUGCUGGUCAACGGUCUAAACAAGGUUCUGAACUCAGCAGCUAUGCAGACAAACAGCAACUCGUUGGCUCAAGUCAAGUCUCAGUUGUAUCAGAGCGGCGUCCUGAAUCAGUGCGUGCACGUGCUCUCUCUGAAUCCCAGCAGGCUGCGGGGCAGCUGGAGCGCCACUGCCACACUUGCUCACCUCACCAGCUCGUGCUGCGUGGGGGUGGAGCCAGGCAGCCAGUCCGAGGCCUUUCAUAGGCUGUUCCUGCCGUCGGUCAUAGACAGCCUGCUACCCUUGGCCUGUCAGCUGAUGAGCCGAGCGGAGUGCUCCUUCAGGAAGGUGAUGGAUUCUAUCGGCUGGCUGCUGUCCGCUCACGCCUCCCUCACAGCUCAGGUCCUCAGCUCUGCCCACUACGAACAGAUCCAGAUGUGCGAUGACGCCGCUGUGUCCCUGCUCUGCAUCCAGAUGUGGAUUCAGAUCUGCACAGUCAGCAGGAACUUCCUCUCUGCUCUUAGCAAUGAAUCCAUUUUGCUGCUGCUCAACGAAGCCGUUGGCCAAUUAGCGCUCAGCUCCGACUCAGCAGUAGGUGGAGCCUCCAUCGCACUGAUGCUUCUUAUGGCCAAGCAGUUGGGGCUCCGCCUCCAGCCCCUCUUGCUCAAAUUCAAAGGUUUAGACAGUUUGCUGGAGAAGGACUGGAAGGGGCGGGGCUUCGACCAGGAUGUGGAUCAGUUGGUCGCAAUCGUCCAAUCAAAGAAGAGCGAGCGCAGUCAGACAGAGGUGAGCGCUGAGCGUGUGCGAGCGGCGUGCGUGAUCCAAGCGGCAUGGAGGUCGUAUCGGACCCGACGCAGAGUGAAGAGUCUGAACAGAGCUGUGAGCGCUCUGCAGAGGAGAUACAGGGCUCGGAGGAGGCGACAGCAGGAGCAGAAGGAGGCGCAGAAGUGGGAAGAGGAGCUCAGGUAUCAGGUGUGUGUGAGGCGGCAGCAGGCCAGGAGGCGGUUCCACCAGAAACAGAGGCAACUGCUGCAACUGCUUCCUCCUGAGCAGGUGCAGCCGUACCUCCAGGAGUGUGAGCGCCGAGCAGCCGUGGUGAUCCAGAGCUUCUGGAGAGGCUUCAGAGAGAGAAGGCGUUUCAACAACACACUGCGACACACUCUGAGACAGGAACACGCACAGCAGCAGGCCGCCAGGACACUGCAGCGAGCUAUGCGCCGUUUUCUUGAAACACGUCGGGCAGCAAAGGCCCCGCCUCCUGCUCCUCUCUGGAUUGGCCAGACAGGCUUGACAGACAGCCGGAGGGUGGAGCUAAAGCAACAGGUGGAGGAGUACAUCUCUGCACACCCGUCGUCACGUGUGUCUCCCGAGGAGUGUGCGGCGCUCCAUGAGGAGGUGCAGCUGCUGCUGCAGGCGGAGUUGCUGAGAGGAGAAGAGGAGCAGAGGGAGGAGCAGCGGGUGGAGGCUCUGCUGGCAUAUACACACACACAGAUGGAGCAGCUGCUAGAUGCCCCGCCGCUGUCGGUUGUCACGGAGACACAGGCACACUCCUUUCUGAGCCAGUCGGCUUCCAUCGCUGCUCGAGCGCGCAAAGCUCACAACGCCAUUCUGCAGGCGAGCCAGCUGCCCUGGUGGAGGACUCUGGGAGAGGCAGACACCAUCUCUGCGUCAGACUCCGCCCAGGAGCUGGAGGCGGAGCUUGAACUUUUUAUACGAGGGUCAACGGACACGCUGACGGGGACAGAACUUUGA